AUACAUAUAUUGCAUAAUUUGCAUAUUGUAAUAGUACAAUCCAGAGAAAUAAACUGUUAAAAAGUUGUAACAGCCUGUUGGACAAAUGUUGGUAACCAUAGGAAUAUUACAGAGUUUGCAUGUUUUAUUAGUGAUUGGUGCCCCUGGAAAACAUGACCAUAGGAGUCAAUUUAGAUGUUUUGACCAUAGUUGUCAUCAUGACGAGAUAUGUUUGAUAACCCUACACAAAGAUCAUAUGCAGGCCAACUGUCACCCAGAUCACGAUCCUCAUGGGCCGCCACAUCCUCAACCACACUUAGAACACAUACGCCUGUGUUCAGAGAGUCUUGUUGAUGGUCAGAACCAUGAUAAUGGAUUCGAGUGUUUCUGCAAUAAUGAGGAAUGUACCAAACAAGUGUUAAACUAUGUGUAUGGUCAUACUAAUCCACCACCGGAUAAAGACUUUGUGUGUGACACAUACGCCUGCAACAGUAAUGAGAUUUGCAGAAUAAAUAAUGUUGGAGGAGCGAUCAGAGGACAGUGCAUGGAUGAUCCUGGUCAACAUGGUAUAAUUGUGAGGUUUGGAUGUCCAGUUUUUCUGAGAGCAGGACAGGAAUGCUACUGUAAUAACAAACAAUGUGUGAACGAUGCACGGGCUGUUACAACAACAUCAACUACCACAACUACAACAGCCUCUCCUCCAUCUGGGGUUCCUACAUUUCAUCCAUUGUGUGUAGACCACGAUACAAGAUGCGCAUUAUUCAAAGACAGUUUAUGCCAUGCUACGACACAGGCGUAUGCCAUUGCAACAUGUGCCAGAACAUGUAACUUGUGUGAUCAGUAUAUAGCUUCUUUACACCUACCAACACCAGCUUUAACUGCACAAAAACCCAAAUCGACAACAAAUACACCAACAACAGCAGCAACAACGACAAAGCCAACAACAGCAGCAACAACGACAAAACCAACAACAGCAGCAACAACGACAAAACCAACGACGACGCCAAUGCCGACAACAUCUACAGCCUCUCUCACGACCAAUACGGUACCCGCCAAAUGUAACACGUGCGGUGAUAUCGAUAACUAUAUACCAUGCUUCUCUAGAGAUGUCUUUGGUAACAAAACGUCAGUCUGUCCUGCUGGACAUAACUUCUGUAUGACUGAUAUUUUUACUGAUGCUGAUGGCAAUGCGGAUCUUUUUAAACGAUGUGUAACAGAACAAACAUGCAACACAAAGUGGACAAAUGACUCUUCAAAGUUUGAUUAUUGUCAAAAAUACGGAGUGGUGGCCAACGAUGAUGCUUAUGAAUGUCAUUUCUGCUGUACUGGGGAUGGAUGUAAUACAAGCAUAAAACCUUCCGAUUCUACUCUUGUAGUACCGCAUGCUUUUCUAAUAGUUGGAAAAUAAAAAC